AGAGAGAGAGAGAGAAGUACUCUCAACGGUUUCUAACACCUAUUCUUACCACAAAUAUACAAACAAAGCACAAGCACUAGGCUUUUUAGAGAGAGAAAGAGUUUGUAGUAAGAGAAAGUGCGAGAAGAGGGUUCUUUAUUUUUUUGAGGUUCCAUUUGUGUUAGUUCAAGUUUUAUUUUGGUUUUGUUUGGUUUUGUGGUCUGAAUUUUGCAGGUAUGGACAACAAAGUGGAUGAGGUUGUCUCUGUGGAGCUUCCAGCUCCUCCUGCUUGGAAAAAACUGUUUGUGCCAAAGAAGGCAGGAACACCAAGAAAAACGGAGGUUAUUUUCAUCGCUCCAAGUGGGGAAGAGAUUACGAGCAGAAAACAAUUGGAGCAGUACCUGAAAUCACAUCCUGGGAAUCCUGCUGUAUCAGAGUUUGACUGGAGUACUGGUGAGACUCCUCGGAGAUCAGCAAGAAUCAGUGAGAAGGUCAAGGUAACCCCACCUCCACCAGAAAAUGAGCCACCCAGAAAACGUCAAAGAUCAUCAAUCUCAAAGAAGGACAAGAAAGAGGGGGAAGCUGCUCAUGAAGAAAAUGAAGCACAGGCUGCUGAAAAGAAGGAUGCUGGAGCUGAUGGGGAAAAGGACACUACCCAGGAAAAUCAGGUCGAAAAUGGUGGUAAAGUGGAAGAAAAUAACAGUACUAAGAUUGAUGAUGCUAUUAUUGAAGAAACUAAAGGUGAGAGUGAUACCAAGGAUAAGGAAAGUCAAGGUGAGGAGAAAGAUCAAAAGCAAGAAAUUGCAGAACCAGCUGUAGAUGAACAAUCAUCUGACAAAGCUGUGGCUACUGAGAAUGGAAAAGAAAAGUUGCACGAAGCUGAAGCAGAGAAAGCAAAUGAGAAUGUCCAGAAAGAAACUGAGACUGCUGUUGUACCCGCAGAAGCAAAUGGAGGAGCAGAGAAAGAGAAUCCUACUGGAGUGGCUCCUCCUUCUGAAGGAGAGAUAAAGGCAAUUGAUCCUAGUGUUGUGGCGCCUCCAUCCAUAGGAGAGAUCAAGGCGGUUGAGGUUGAGGAGAAUAUUGAGAAGAAGGAUGAGGCUGUUGUUGAUCAUGGAAAAGUUGACCAUGUGGGGCGAGUUGAUGCCCCACAACAACACCCGGCUCCCGCCCCUGUGAGCUGCUGAAUGUAAUGUGCUAGUGCUACCAUACAAUUUCCCUUGUGCAUUCUGUAAUACCCUACUCAAAGGUAAUUUAUGAAUUGGGUAGCCGCAGGAUUUGAUGGAUGACUGUAAUUUUAAUAUUAAAAUCUAUGUUAGCUUUAAUUGUAUGUACCUUUAGUAGAGUAGCAGCUAGAUUUUGAUGCGAUGGGCAGGAGCUUAAUUGUAGAAGGGGUAAGGUAAGACAUCUUUUGUUGGUCAGUUUCUCUUUUCCUGUGUUGUAGAGUUUAGGCAUAGCUUCUGCACUGUUUGGUACUUUAAUUACAUUGCUGAUGUUGGUGACUAAACUGUUAUUACAUGUUUUUAUCAUAAAAUUUAUUCUAUGUUA